CUCUCUCCCUGGGCUGCGGGGUCAUGGCCACCGUGGAGCAGAAAAGAGUCCUUGGCAUUGGCUUCAAGUGUCUCUCUUUGGCCACUUUGGUGCUCAUCUGCGCGGGACAAGGGGGACGCAGGGAGGAAGGGGGUCCAGCCUGCUACGGGGGAUUCGACCUGUACUUCAUUUUGGACAAAUCAGGAAGUGUACUGCAUCACUGGAAUGAAAUAUAUUACUUUGUGGAACAGUUGGCUCACAAAUUCAUCAGCCCACAACUAAGAAUGUCCUUUAUUGUCUUCUCUACCCGAGGAACAACUUUAAUGAAGCUGACAGAAGAUAGGGAACAGAUCCGACAGGGCCUCGAAGAACUCCAGAAGGUCCUGCCUGGUGGAGACACUUAUAUGCAUGAAGGAUUUGAAAGGGCCAGUGAGCAGAUUUAUUAUGAAAAUAGUCAAGGAUACAGAACAGCCAGUGUCAUCAUUGCUUUGACUGAUGGAGAGCUCCAUGAAGAUCUCUUUUUCUAUUCAGAAAGGGAGGCUAACAGAUCCCGAGAUCUUGGUGCAAUUGUUUACUGUGUUGGUGUAAAGGAUUUCAAUGAGACUCAGCUGGCCCGGAUUGCCGACAGUAAGGAUCAUGUGUUUCCUGUCAACGAUGGCUUUCAGGCUCUGCAAGGCAUCAUCCACUCAAUUUUGAAGAAGUCAUGCAUUGAAAUUCUAGCAGCAGAACCAUCGACCAUAUGUGCAGGAGAAUCGUUUCAAGUGGUUGUGAGAGGAAAUGGCUUCAGACAUGCCCGCAAUGUGGACAGGGUUCUCUGCAGCUUCAAGAUCAACGAUUCAGUCACACUCAAUGAGAAACCCUUCACUGUGGAAGACACUUAUUUGCUAUGUCCAGCACCUAUCUUGAAAGAAGUUGGCAUGAAGGCUGCACUCCAGGUCAGCAUGAAUGACGGCCUCUCUUUCAUCUCCAGUUCUGUCAUCAUCACUACCACACACUGUUCCGAUGGCUCCAUCCUGGCAAUCGCACUGCUGAUCCUCUUCCUGCUCCUGGCACUGGCUCUUCUCUGGUGGUUCUGGCCCCUCUGCUGCACUGUGAUUAUAAAGGAGGUCCCUCCACCCCCUGUAGAAGAGAGUGAGGAAGAAGAUGAUGAUGGUCUCCCUAAGAAAAAGUGGCCUACAGUCGAUGCCUCUUAUUAUGGUGGACGAGGUGUUGGAGGCAUUAAAAGGAUGGAGGUCCGUUGGGGAGAAAAGGGCUCCACAGAAGAAGGUGCCAAGUUGGAAAAGGCAAAGAAUGCAAGAGUCAAGAUGCCCGAACAGGAGUAUGAAUUCCCAGAGCCUCGAAAUCUCAACAACAACAUGCGUCGGCCCUCUUCACCCCGGAAGUGGUACUCUCCCAUCAAGGGUAAACUUGAUGCCUUGUGGGUCCUACUAAGAAAAGGAUAUGAUCGUGUGUCCGUGAUGCGUCCACAGCCAGGAGACACGGGGCGCUGUAUUAACUUCACCAGAGUCAAGAACAACCAGCCAGCCAAGUACCCCCUCAACAAUGCCUACCACACCACCUCGCCUCCCCCUGCCCCAAUCUACACUCCUCCAUCCCCUGCACCCCAUUGUCCUCCCCCACCCCCUAGUGCUCCCACACCACCAAUUCCAUCCCCACCUUCCACUCUCCCCCCUCCUCCUCAGGCCCCACCUCCCAACAGGGCCCCGCCUCCCUCCAGACCUCCUCCUAGGCCUUCUGUCUAA